AUGAAAAGAGGGAUGUGGAGAAUGUGCAGGAACAGCUGAAAGAGCAAGACUUUAGGUAAAGUAAAGUGGGAUCCAUCAAAGAGUGACAGAAAAGUGCAAUAUAUACCAGUGUGGUCAAUGUUAUAUGAUAGAAGCGGAGUAAGAGAAGAUAGAUGAAAGUGAGAGAUGGAAAUAGCAGAGCUGGAUUAUGUGUUGGUCCCAGUUGGGGUGCUGGUGCUUGGAAUAUAUCACGCGUGGCUUCUCUACACCAUAAUCAGGCACCCUUCUCGCACCGUCAUUGGCUUGAACGCUCAGUCUCGUUAUCAAUGGGUUCUUUCCCUCAUGGCUGAUCCCCUGAAGAAUGGAGUUCUGGCGGUUCAAACAAUCCGCAACAACAUCAUGGCAUCAACGCUUCUGGCAACAACAGCAAUCACACUCAGUUCACUAAUCGGCGUUUUCGCCAACACCGACUCCGACACCAAAUUGGUUUAUGGUAACAAAAGUUCCCUCAACUCUGCUAUCAAGAGGCUCUCCAUAUCGUUGUGCUUCCUUGUUGCAUUCCUCUGUAACAUGCAGUCUAUCAGAUACUACGCGCACGUGAGCUUCUUGAUCACUUCACCUGCACUCAAAGGGAAGACGGAUUUCAUUGAGUAUGUUGCGAAGACAUUGAACCGUGGAAGUGUUUCUUGGUCCCUUGGACUCAGGGCUUUCUACUUGUCUAUUCCUCUUGUCCUUUGGAUCUAUGGCCCCAUUCCCAUGUUUGCUUGUUCCUGCUUCACCUCUUUCGCCUUGUACUUCUUGGACACUACCACUCAGAUCACCAGAGAUCUUCACAUUAAGUCCUUCAAACACACCGACAUCGACAUCCACCACAUGCAACCUGCACCCUAACCCUACCUCCAACUUAUUAAUACUCUACACAAAAUUUGUCAAGUAUUAAGGGUCAGUAACUUUUGUGAUUUGUAACCAUCAAUGAUGAUUUUAAUGGUGUGAGAUUGGCGUGAGAUUUUAUCCAAU